ACCACACACUGUCCCCAACCGCGAAAGCCAGAAGCGCUUUCCGCCACCGUGUUCCUCUUUUCUGCUUUUCCCGUCGAUUCAGUGGCACCGUGGUGGACCCGCUUCCUCCGACACCAUCAUCACGCACUAUUCUCCACUUUCACCCUCGGUAUCACCCCCAUAAAUCCCACACAAAUGGGUGCUUCACAGAAGUCAAGGCUCAAACCUUCAUGCAACUUUAGCUGUAGAUGCUUCUUCUCUGAAUUCCGUGUCUGCUUUGUGCUCUGUGGCAAUGGCAGAGUCGUUGGAACCCGACGGUUUUCCGGUGGCGGUUGGCAUGAGGGAAGUGAGGCCCGAGACGGAGGAUGGGUCGGGUGGGAACCCGGGUCCGGGGAUUAGAAGGGUGGGUUUGAGAGCUGAAAUUGAUACGACGGCGCCGUUUGGGUCUGUGAAGGAGGCCGUGACUCGUUUUGGAGGAAGCGGGCCUUGGAUUCCCCUUUACAAGCUUGGAGAAGCUUAUAACAGUAUUGAAGACCUUGACAUAAAGAAAGUGGAGGAACAAGCAGCGAAGUUGGAAAAGGAUUUGAUAGUGAAAGAACUUGAAACACUUGAUGUGCUCGAAGAGCUGGGAGCUACCAAAACGAUUGUCGAAGAAUUAAAACAGAAGUUACAAACUGAAGCAGCAAAACAUUUUGCAACUCCAGAACUAAAUCCUCAUGACCAGGUUCGAGCUCCUGUUAAAAAUCAUGUAAAUACUGUCAACAAUAAAGAACAGAUAUCUCAAAGUCCAAGCCUCUUCUCUACGUCAUCGCCUGACUUGCUCUUAAUGGAGUUUAAACAAGCGAAACAGAACCUUGGCAAAACUAUAAAUGAUCUAGGGGUGAUACAAUCUUCUGUUGAAACUUUGAACAAGAAGCUGAAGAAGGAGAGAUUGUUUCUUGAGAGGACACGUGAGAAUCUUGCAUCGAAGUUUGCAGCUAUCUCUGCUCAAGAUGUGGCCAAAAAUGAAGCAAGGUUAAAGCCACCACCAGAAGCUCCUGUAGACACAGGCUUUACUUUUCAUAUUCACCAAAGUGUUGUGAGGGAUCUCGAAGUUGAUGCUGGACAGUACAAUGGAAUGGAUGAAACAAGAAGCGUUAAAGUUUCAAAGCCUUUGUCUGAGUAUGGAGACAAUGGAUUUAGUAUUAAGACCGCCGAGAUGAGGUGGUUGGCAGCUAAAAAGAUGGAAGAAGCAGCUAUGGCAGCAGAAGCCGUCGCUCUUGCUGAGAUCAAGGCUCUAUCAAGUGCUGAGUUAUCAUCAGGAUUUGCAUUUCCAGAACAUCAGAAAGUGUCUUGUGAACUAGGGGUGCGAUCUCCUCUCAAUCUCAAAGUUCAAGUACCUGAAGAGUCUACCUGGAAGAAGGUAGUAGAUUCCAAGUUCCAAAUUGAUGAAACAAGUUCUUCAAAAUUGAGUAUUUUGAAAAAAAUGGAGGAAGCAGCAGAAGAAGUUCUCCACAGCAAAAAAGUCUUGAGAGAGGCUUUAAACAGCAUUGAAACUGCAAACAGAAAGCAGCGUGCUGCGGAAGAGGCUCUACGGAGCUGGAUUCCUGAAGAUGGUUUAAAGAGAUGGGCGGUGUAUAACUCUAUUAAGCGCGACAAGUUGUAUCAACUUGGAAAUUGUCAAGAUCUGAAGCCGAUAGCGAAGUCUUCAGUUUCAAUGAGAGAUGUACUCAGCAGAAAGCAAGUUCCUGAAGAAUACACUGCAACAAAGGAGAUGGAAGAGCGCGGUGAAAGCAACGUAGCAUUGAGUCAAAUGCUUCUAGCAUUGAGGGAAGAUCCAACUCCCACAGCCAAACAUGACAAUGAUAGGAGCGAUCAACAGCAGUUCACGAGGAAGAAGUUUGGAUUCAUCCAAAUAUCACUCCCAUUGGGAAAGCGAAGGAAUAAAAGGGCAUGAAUUUAUUUAAUCCUAAUGCAGUAGUGCCUAUGCAUAUAUGGAUGAAUAGCCACAACUCAUGCAUCAAUGAUGCCUUGCCAUUCUUUAUUGAUUCUUAUGUUAUGUGAGCCUUUUUGCUAGUUGUGUAGAAGUUUGUGUUGGUGUCUGAUUUUGUGAAAUAUGUUUUUGCUUUGUGAUUGGCUUACAUUAUGCAACUAGCUUAGCUUUGAUGAGGCUAAUGAACCUCCUCUUGUGUAUGAAAACGGGUGUUUUCAAUGUUGUUCUUUACUAUGUCAAAUUUUAUAUGGAUAUUUGUAAUUGAAUAUGUUGUAUUGUUCUGAUGCAAUUAAAAAUGUGAGAAUGCUUUCA